CUUCUCUCUUUGUGCACGACGACUGGAGGCGUGAAGUGCGUAGACAACACUGUGCAUAAAUCGUUGUAACUUUUUUCCUUCGGCUGAUCAGGAGUACACAGAACACAACGAAGGGAAAACAUUUUUGGACGAGUUUAUAUGCGUUUGAUCUGCGGAACAUCGACUAAUUGCAAACCUUCACCAUGUUUCUUCAAGCUAUAAUAGCCGGGACGGUGCUGUUCCUGAUCAUACAGUACAUUCGCGAAAGAAACACAAUGAAGAAGAUCGCAAAGCAUUUCGGAGGACCAAAACCGCUGCCGCUGGUUGGCAACCUGCUGGAGUUUAAUACGGACGCUCCCGGAAUAUUCGAAGUUGGUAUCAGACUGUUGAAACUCCAUGGACCUGAUACCUUCAUUUGGGGUCUGUUCAAUCGGUGCCUGCUGCUCGUGAGCAGCCCCAAGAAUGUCGAAAAGAUUCUGAUGGCGAAGCAGACGAAGAAGUCUCUGUUAUACACGUUUCUGGAAUCUUGGCUAGGAACUGGAUUGCUGAUGUCCAGUGGGGAAAAGUGGUUGCAACGGCGUCGUAUUAUCACACCGGCGUUCCACAUCAAGAUCCUGGAAGAGUUUGUGGCGGUGUUCAAUAAAGAGGCCGACUUGAUUGUGAAAAACCUACGAAAGCACGUAGGUGGAAAGGAAUUCGACAUCUACUCCUAUGUCACGCUAAUGGCGUUAGAUAGUAUUUGUGAGACGUCGAUGGGAACAUCAGUCAACGCACAGAACGAUCCAGACAACGACUACGUUAAGAAUGUUAAAAGCAUGUUGGUCCUGUUUCUGCUACGAGUUACCGACCCUUUGGCCGGCUAUCCUGUAUUGUAUGAACUGGUUCAUCCACGCGCCUACAAAGCGCGGAAAAUAGUUCGAGAACUGCACAAAUUCACAGAUUCUGUAAUAGCUGAACGAAGAAAACAAUUGCAAGAAAGUGGUCAGAAAGGACAAAGCUUGACUCAGAGUGAUCAAAAGCUUUAUUCAAAGCAGAUGACAUUUUUGGAUUUGCUACUGAAUGUUAAUGUGGAUGGUAUGCCGUUAGAUGAUCUCGAGAUCCGUGAGGAAGUCGAUACAUUUAUGGUCGAGGGUCAUGACACAAUAGCUAGUGGAACUUCGUUCGCACUUUACGAGCUGGCUCGUAAUCAACAGGUACAGGAUCGCAUCUAUGAUGAAAUCGUUGCAAUCCUCGGUGAAAACAACCGCGAGGCUGAUCUGACAUAUCAGGUUCUGCAGGAAUUCAAAUAUCUGGAAAGCGCCAUCAAGGAAGCACUGCGUCUUUACCCUUCUGUACCCUUCAUUGGGCGACACCUGGUGGAAGACACUGAGCUUGAUGGCAUCACACUGCCCGCUGGCAUGGAAGUACUCGUAGCGAUCUAUAUGAUUCAUCGAAAUCCGGAAGUAUUUCCUGAUCCCGAUCGCUACGAUCCCGAACGAUUCUCGGAGGAUGCCGAAUCAAAGCGAGGGCCUUACGACUACAUACCGUUCAGUGUCGGAGCACGGAACUGCAUUGGCCAGCGAUUCGCCAUGGUGGAGAUGAAAGUGGUACUGAUUAAACUGAUUUCCAACUAUCGGGUUCUGCCGGGAGAAUCAACGGGAAAAUUGCGAGUACAGACUGAUUUGGUCCUUCGGCCUCAUAUGGGUGUUCCAGUGACGUUGGUGGAACGCGUUUGAAAUUGUGAAAUGCAUUCGAUUCCUAAGUAUAUGUGUGUACUACCAGGACACGUUACUCUGCACGUGGGUUUUUUCACGGAUAAAAAAUAAUGCAAAUAAUCCGGGUUUUAGAUAUGUUUUUAAGGUAUAGAUAGUGGUUUGUUUACUGGUGCGGCGAAUCACUUGGUGGUGUUGUUGCUGCGUUAAAAUUUUUGACAGGAAAAUGUGUACAUGGUGUUAGGUACAGUUCAUGUGAUAAAGAAAAGAAAGCGGUGUCGAAUCCGCUCUGCAUUUUUUCUAGCAGCUUUGACAUAUCGUUCAUUGUGA